UGACAACCCGGAAAUUCAGAAUAUUUUCGUCGUAUCUGGGAGGACUGGGGACUACAUUGGGUUCACAUUUUCCCUUGAAAAGAAAUGGCAGGUUUGCAAAGUGAGGGCAACCAAAAAAGGACUGCUGGGAGUUCUGUCCCAGAUGCGCAUGUUGACCGGCAGAUCCCGGUAUUGCGCAUCAGCCAGCUGGAUGCCCUUGAGCUAGAUUCAGCCCUUGAGCAGCUGGUAUGGACCCAGUUCUCCCAGUGCUUCCAGAACUGCCGCCCAGGCUUGCUCACUCCGCUGGAGCCUGAACUGAGGGCUCUGCUCCAACUGCUCCUGUGGAGGUUUACACUGUAUUCUAGCAGUGCGACUGUGGGCCAGUCUUUACUGAGCCUACGCUACCACAACAUCCUUUCCUCGUCUCCCCAUUACAGACCUCUCUCCCGCGGGCAGAAGUUGGGUCUGGCCCUGCUAACCACAGGGCCACGCUGGCUCCAGGAGCGUUCCCACAGCCUGCUGCUGUGUUUGGGUUUGAGUUCAGGAGGGCCUGUGUCUGAAAGAGGCGGUGGUUUACUCCAACAGGGUCUCCGCAAUUGCCUGACCCUUGUUUCUAGUAUUGCCCAGCUUGCAAGUCUCAUCAACUUCCUUGUGUUCCUAAGGAAAGGUCGCCAUCCUGUCCUGGCUGAAAGGAUUGUGGGAGCUCGGGCAGUUUUCAGCAAGCCCAAUGUGAUCCGGGACAUAACCUACCAGUACAUGAACCGUGAGCUGCUGUGGCACGGUUUUGCUGAGUUCCUCAUCUACCUGUUACCACUUAUCAAUACAAGGAAACUGAAGGCAGCAGUGUCUUCGAUUGUUUUUGGGGGAGAAAGUGCACAUAGGGAGGGAGGGGAGGGAGCGGCGGAAGGGCAAAGGGCGUGGAAAGAGUGCGGACUGUGCGGAGAGUGGCCGACCAUGCCUCAUACAGUUGGCUGCCAACAUGUAUUCUGCUACUACUGCAUCAAAAGCCUUAGCAUUGCAGACGCUUACCUCACCUGUCCCAAAUGUGGUGCCGAAGCAGGACUGCCUGAGCCGGUCAAGGUGGAGGUGGAGAUGAUUGGCAGGUGAUGAAGCUGUCAUGACUGAAGUUUGUUUUGAAAUUGCAAGGACUUAGAGAAGUAAGUCAAUAAGUCAGUUCAUAUCUUUCUAACUGUACAGAUGAAAAACACCUAUUCAGUGAAGAGACUCACGACUAACCACUUUUGGAUGAUUAUUUAAAUGUAUCUUAUGAAAUUAUGUAUUUAAUGAUUAAACGUUAUCAUAAAAAAUAUUUUGUGAAAACAGAAUUAUAUUAAAACAUAUAUUAAUAUAUAUGUAUACUAACAGUCAUUGUUCUGUAAGCAGCCCUCUUUUUUUCACAAGGUUGUCAUGAGUUUAUAACUGGACUUCCGUCUUUAUGAUGUCUGUGUCUUUUCUGAACACACAUCGACCUGCUGUCUUUAAUGUAUGUGUGCAUAUAUUGACAAUCCUCUGCCCCUUCCAUUUCUCCAGCUGGACUUUGGACAGAACUAUUUGUCUUUGGUGCACUGGACAGACUGCAGAGAACCACACAGAGCAUAUAUUUGAUGAGUGAACGUGUUGAUUUAUGCUCCAAAUUGGCUGUGUGUGUGUGUGUGUUUGUUGAAAUGGGAAUAUUUGUUCUGAUGAAAAAUGCAGAAAGUCAGCUGAAUAAAUAAUGGGAGGAAUUUCUGAUGCUUCUCAUCAUGGCCAAAUUAGCAUUUGUUGUGUAUUUUGUGCCUAAAUUGUAUUUCAACAUCAUUAAAAUUGAUAGAGUGAUA